UAUAUAACUGUUACAAGGUGCUAUGUUAAGCCUUUUAUAGACAUCAUCUCCUGGAGUCCUCACUACAGUAUUACGAGAUAGAUGGGACUGCCACAUACCCCUGUUUUAAUAGAAUAGGAAGCUGAGAUAUAGAGAAACCAAGAGACAGGUCCAAUGCCAUACAGUUAGGAAGUGGUAAGACCAGAACCAAACCGGAACUCAGGUAUUUUGGUUCCUGAGGCUUAGCCACUAUGCUUUAUUGUUAUACUAAAUAAGUCUUCUUGCCCAACUCAAAGAAAUUGGCUUUUGGAAUGAAAUUUUUAGAAUAUAAUUUCUAAAUAGAUCUAAGGUUAUUAAAAGAAGUGGUCACUCACCUAACCCUUUUUUUUUCUUUUUUAAAGAUUUAUUUAUUUAUUAUGUGUACAGCGUGUAUGACUGCAGGCCAGAAGAGGGCACCAGAUCUCAUUACAGAUGGUUGUGAGCCACCAUGUGGUUGCUGGGAAUUGAACUCAGGACCUCUGGAAGAGCAGUCAGUGCUCUUAACCUCUGAGCCAUCUCUCCAGCCCUAACCCCUCUUUUGUGACACAGGGCUGAUGGCUCAGUGGUGAAGAGCACUGAUUACUUUUCUAGAGGACUGGGUUCAAUCCCCAGCACCCACAUGGGAGCUAACAAUUGUCUCUAACUCUAGUUCCAAGGGGACCCUGUGCCCCAUGCUGCUGGCAAGACACCCAUACAUAUAAAAUAAAAAUAAAUCUCAAAAAAAUAACAGGAGGUUUUUGGACAGGGGCAAGCAUGGCACCACCUGUGAGAUGCUCCAUCCCCAGUGAACAUCUGUGUAAUUUGGAGGAAGGCAGCCCCGGUAGCCACACCUACAUCUGCAGGCUACAUCUUUUAGUCGCUGGCCGGCUGCCUGACGAAGACCAGUGAGAAUGGCGUUCUUCCUGUGGUGUCUGUGAUGAGAGAAACAGUCCCAGUUGCUUCCAGAUGUGGGCGUUGUUGUCACCUUUAAGGUCUCUAGCAUCAACUCACGUUUUGCCAAAGUACACAUCUUUUUUUUGUUGUUUGUUUUGUUUAUUAUGCAUACAGUGUUCUGCUUGCAUGAGAGAAGAGGGCACUAGACCUCAUUUCAUUAUAGAUGGUUGUGAGGCACCAUGUGGUUGCUGAGAAUUGAACUCAGGACCUUUGGAAGAACAGCCAGUACUCUUAACCUCUGAGCCAUCUCUCCAGCCCCCAAAGUACACAUCUUGUAUGUAGGGGUCCACACCACUAAAAAAUGCUUUUCGAGGAACUAUCCCCAAAAGAUAUCCGAGCAACUGAAAAAGACAAGGUUGAAAUUUACAAGAGUUUCCGACCAGGUGACAUAGUUUUGGCCAAAGUUAUCUCCCUCGGUGAUGCACAGUCCAAUUACAUGCUGACUACUGCUGAAAAUGAGUUAGGGGUAGUGGUAGCGGACAGUGAAUCAGGUAUCCAGAUGGUUCCCAUCAGCUGGUGUGAGAUGCAAUGCCCUAAGACCCACACUAAAGAAUUCCGGAAAGUGGCCAGAGUGCAGCCUGAGUUCUUACAAACCUAACCACACUUUACCCCAAUGACAGAGUCAACUCUUUCCAAGAGUACGAGUAUGAAAGAACAUCAAGAUGCCAUGGUCUUUAUUAAGGUACCUGCAGUCAGCUCAUAACCACCUCUUGAAAAAUCUGCCAGAAAUACAUUCAUGUAACGAGCACCCAAGGCCCAUGCAGCCGAGCAGGAAGAUUUUUAGUUCCAAGUUUGAGAACAGCGUGGGCUAGUAAGACUUUUAUGUUAUGAUGAUUGUUUAAGUGUAUUUUUUUACAAAGCUGAUUUGUCUAUAUGAUGUAAUUGGGUUGAUUAGUAAUUGCCUUAUCAC